CUCUCUCUCUCUCUCUCUCUCUCCCUAUUCUCUCGCUCGCGCUCUGUGCUUUCGGAUUUCGGACUCCCCCCUCCUUUUGAACCGAACCCCUCUUUGUGUCUCCUUGUUGGUGUCGCUGCGUCGUCGGUUUUGCAUCUUGUGGUCCCAUCUCCAAACCUGCAAACUUCCGAUCCCUUCGUCCGGCGCCGAAAUCUCCCUUCUCCUUGUCGUCACCCUCCUUCCCUUCAUUUUUACGUUGAACGUGGAAUCUUGCAUUUUGUCCACCAGAGCGUUGGUGUCCUUGUACGAUUAGCGACCAUGCUUUCUUCCCGUGUUUUGCGACCGGGGUCCGCCUUGCUGCGGCCCUUCACCACCUCUGCCACUGCCUACCGGUCCCCUUCCAUCCGUGACAUCACCCCCGAGUCGACGGAAGAGUUUACUGCACGCCAGAAGGAGUUCCGUGAGAAUUUGGAGUCGGCGCGGAAGAGGAGAGAACAGCAAGAGAGUCAGUCCGUCGAUGCUUCUGUUUCCACUUCAUCCCCUGUUUCCCGUGAUCGCCUCCGUGAGUACGCUACCGCUCCCGCUGCUCCGCGUGCGAGCAAGGCGAGCAGUAAAGCAGACUCUGCUGUGUUCGAUGCAGCGGAUGUACUUGACCAUAAGGCAUUGGGCUCACUUUCUACCCAUCGGGUUCUAGGAGAUGAGCACCACCGCGAUCAGUCCCCCAAGCGGGGUCCCCUGUCCUCGCUCAUCUACGGCACUAAAGAAGGCCAGCAACUCGACCAGGAUAUCGAACGUUCCUUUUCGCAAGUCCUCGCCCGCGGCAAAUACGUCCAUUCCAUCGUCUUCCACGAAGUCCAACCCGACAAGGUCGACGAGUACGUGGACCUGGUCGGGCAGUGGUAUCCCCGCAUGGCGGGCACCGAGGAGAACCGGGUGAAUCUGGUGGGGAGCUGGCGGACCCAAGUCGGGGACAACGACACAUUUGUCCACAUCUGGGAAUACCAGCGCUACGAAGGUUACCACGCCUCUCUUCACAACAUCUCCGAACAACCCGGGUUUUCCGAAUUCGACCACAAGCUGAAGAGCUUGAUCAAGAGCAAGAAGACGUCCUUGAUGCAAGAGUUCUCGUUCUGGCCGACCACGCCACCCCGCAAACUGGGCGGUCUGUUCGAACUGCGAUCCUACACGCUUCACCCGGGCAACCUGCUGGAAUGGGAGACCCACUGGCGUCGGGGCCUCAAGGCCCGUCGCGAGGUGAUGGAGGGUGUCGGCGCAUGGUUUGUCCAGAUCGGUGAUUUGAACACCGUGCACCACCUGUGGCAGUUUGCGAACCUGGAGGAGCGCAAGGUCCGCCGCGAGCAAUCAUGGGGCAUCGAAGGUUGGGCCGAAACUGUGCACAAGACGGUGCCUCUCAUCCAGACCAUGCAGAGCCGCAUUCUGAUCCCCAUGCCCUGGAGUCCUGUCGGCUAAACAUGUUGUUUCUACAACCGGAGGACGUCUUCGAUACGAAAUUUGCUCCCACGCCUGCAUUAUGACCCACUUGGCCCAAUCCGCCCGACCCGAGGUCCCUGAGGAAGUUGGUUGGGCAGAGGCCAAGGAAAGACAUCGGACGGUGAUCGGUUUAGGAGGAAAUGACUGGUGCGUUGCUUCUUGUUCUACUGGAGCGAGCAGAGAUCUGUGAGUGUGAACGAAGUCCGGGGAAUAGUUUGGUCGACCCUCGGGCACUAUCGCCCACUAAGCCGUACCGAUAUUAGUGUGUCCAAUAUUAGCAGCAUUAUUGGAGUGAUU